CGUUCCCCCAGCUGUUUCCUGUCUACAGUGUCUGUGUUUUGUAGAUAAAUGUGAGGAUUUUCUCUAAAUCCCUCUUCUGUUUGCUAAAUCUCACUGUCACUGCUAAAUUCAGAGCAGAUAGAGCCUGCGCAAUGGAAUAAAGUCCUCAAAAUUGAAAUGUGACAUUGCUCUCAACAUCUCCCAUCUCCCUGGAUUUCUUUUUGCCUCAUUAUUCCUGCUAACCAAUUCAUUUCCAGACUUUGCACUUCAGAAGCAAUGGGAAAAAUCAGCAGUCUUCCAACCCAAUUAUUUAAGUGCUGCUUUUGUGAUUUCUUGAAGGUAAAGAUGCACAUCACAUCCUCUUCGCAUCUCUUCUACUUGGCCCUGUGCUUGCUCUCCUUCACCAGCUCUGCCACGGCUGGACCUGAGACCCUCUGUGGGGCUGAGCUGGUGGACGCUCUUCAGUUCGUGUGCGGAGACAGGGGCUUUUAUUUCAACAAGCCCACAGGGUACGGCUCCAGCAGUCGGAGGGCGCCACAGACGGGCAUCGUGGAUGAGUGCUGCUUCCGGAGCUGUGAUCUGAGGAGGCUGGAGAUGUACUGUGCACCCCUCAAGCCUGCCAAGUCGGCCCGCUCCGUCCGUGCCCAGCGCCACACGGACAUGCCCAAGGCUCAGAAGGUUUAUAUGCAGACUGGACAGAGCAGAGGAAAUAAUCAAUGAACCUGGAGAUAGAAACUAUCCAAAAUGUUAUAUUUGGAAUGGAUGGUCAAUAGGGCCCCACUGUACAGCACAGGGAACCAUAUGUGAUUGGGUCAUUUUGUUGCACAAAAGAAACUGAAGAAACGCUGUAAAUCAAUCAUACUUUAAUAAAAAAAUAAAAGAAUAAGAAACUAUCCAAAAUGAAAGACAAGGGAGAAAAUGAGAGAACAAGAAUAGAUUACCUAAAAAAUUAUCUAAACAUUUGGUUUGGAAGAAACCAAACAGUUAACAUAGAUGGAACUGUAUUCCUAGAAUAAGAAGAGAGAACAGAAGAAACAUUUGAGGAGGUAAUGGUCAAGAAUUCUCUGAAAUUAAUAAAAGGCAAAAACAAAAUGAAAAAAAAAAUAAAGAAUCCCAGGAAACCCUAAACAGGAGAAAUAGAAUUUUUUUAAAAACCCAAAGCUAUAACAAAAUUUGUAGUCAAAGUGUUGAAAUUCAAAGAUAAAGAGAAAAAUCUUGAAGCAGAGAAAAAGAAAAGAAUCAUUACUUUCAGAGGAAGAAUUACAGCAGCACAAUUUCUGUUUAUAUAAUCCAGGGGAUAAUAAGACACCUUUAAAGUAAUGAAAGAAACAAAAUUGUCAAGUUACAAUUAUAUACUCAGCAAAAAUAUAUCUCCAAAAUAAAGGUGAAAUAAAGAAUUUCUCAAACAAAA